AUGGCUCAUCCACACAGUAAACCUGAUUCAUUGAAUUUCUUUAUAUUCUUCACUUCAGCUGGACAUCAUGAACAUGGACAUCAUGAACAUCAUGAAGAAGGCCAUCAUGGUCAUGAAGGCAAAGAGCAUUGCACAUCAUCUGAACACUGUCCGAAAGACUGCCACGACAAAGAUGCUGCUGGUCAUGGAUCUCAUGACAAAGCACAACAUUGUGAAACUGGCUGUCAUAAACCAGGAUCUGGAAAAGAUCACGGUGGUCACUAA